UCCGGUGUACAAAGUUAUCUCCCAUGCUCUUGUAUUGCGCAUGGAGGAUAGAGUGAUACUUCUUCACUCUUCUGACAACUCUCUCCUUAUUGUUUAGCUGUACACUAGUGAAUCACCCACAGCUGAACCAUGGCAGAUUCAAGCCUUGAUGACUUUUUUGCCAAGAAAGACAAAAGUAAAAAGAAAACGAAAACUAAAGUAGCGUCUGCGGGAGGCGACGUGGAUGACGGUUCGACGAAAGCUGUUGCGAAAAAAGAGAAGAAGAAGAAGGACAAAGACAAGCAAAACAGUGGAGGUGGAUCACAAAAUGUACUGAGAAAUGCUAAGGAGGACGAAGAGUGGAAAGACUUUGAGGAGGAGAAGGAAGUGGACUACUCUGGUCUGAGGAUUCAAAAUAUGCAGAUUGCCAGCAAAGAAGAGCAGGAUAAGGAAGCUGCCGAUGCAGAGGAAGAAGGAGAAGAUGAGGAUGGAGAGAACAAGGAGAGGAGGAGUGGAGCCUCUGGACCCUGGAACAAGAGCAAUGAGACUGGCAACGUGUCCACACCAGACGCCAAAAGUCCCCGGCAAGUACGUGCCUCCCGGCGCCCGGCUGGCUGCCUCCUCUGCCUCCUCCUCCUCUCCCAGUUUCCCGUCCAGGAGGAAGAAGGAAGCGCCGAACCUGCACAGCGAGGAAGAUUUCCCGACUCUAGGAGGCGGACCCACGCCGGGGAGACCAUACAACCCGUACAGCAGCUCUGGAUCCUCCGACGUGAUCGACCACCCGGCGCACAGGAAGGGAGUUAACCUCACCCUGGAGAACAAGUUCUCCGCCCUGCAGGAUUGACGGAGGACCGCACGGUAGACCUGGGAUAGAUGGAGGAGGCCGGCCGCUGUGGUGGUAGUGGACGCGGUGGCGGUCGUCGCUGUGGUGGUGUGGUGUCAUCGUCGUUGUUGCUGUUGCUGUUGCUGCAGAUUUGUGUUCUGUGCAUGUUUGUCAUUUACGACGGAAGCACUCGCUGCGCGCAUGUGUGUGUGUGGGUGGGUGUACGCGCAGACAAGAAAUCAUGCUCGCUGUGUUUGUGUGUGUAAAAAGACUUUGCGAUGUGUGGUAGUGUGUGUGCUGGUGUGUGUGUGUGAA